AUGACUUCCUCUAUGCUCCGGCGACAACUGAAGAACCUGGUCCAGAACUAUUCUGAGGCUGAGGUCAAGGUGAGAGAAGCAACCUCUAAUGACCCAUGGGGUCCAUCCAGCUCUCAGAUGGCUGACAUUUCAGACCUCACAUACAAUGCAGUGGCCUGCAACGAGAUCAUGACGAUGCUCUGGAAACGUCUGAAAGACGACAAGAAUUGGAGACACAUCCAUAAGUCGCUCACUCUGCUGGAGUAUAUCUUGAAGACUGGCGAUGAUCGUGUGCUUCUGAAAAUGAAGGACAACAUCUACAUCGUCAAAGCUCUUACAGAGUACCGCUUUGUGGAAAAAGACGGCAAAGACCAGGGGACAAAUGUAAGAGAGAAGGCCAAGGUUGUGCUUGUUUUAAUGGAGGACGAUGAGAAACUGAAGGCGGAGAGAGACUUUGCCGUCAAAACCAGGGAAAAGACAUCCAAAGGAUCUGCUGCCUCAUCCUCUGAUGCCGUCAAAGAUCCCAGCUACAAGCCGUGCUACGUUCCUGGAUCUUCAGGACUUCCUUCUCUGGAUAACAUACCCUCAGUAGCUGACCUGACUGCCUCCUUCACUGCCCGUAAAGAAGAGCGCGCUCGUCAAGAAGCCGAGAAGAAAGAAGCAGAAAGAAGGGCUAAGAUGAGUGAAGAUGAGCUGAAGUGGGAAGAUGCAGCCAAAGGCACAGACGCGAAAGCUACUGUUUGGGGAGGAGAUAAAGAAGAGGAGGAAGAGGAAAAAGACGCAUGGGGAGCCCCCAAAGAACCCAGCAGUGGUCCAUGGGGGGCGCCGGCCAAAGCUGAAGAUCCCUUCGCAGCGGCAAAAGCGGAAGAGGAUCCAUUUGUGGCGCCAAAGAAUGCGGAAGAUCCAUUUACGGCUCCAAAGAAUGGGGAAGAUCCAUUUACGGCGCCAAAGAAUGGGGAAGAUCCAUUUGCAGCGCCAAAAGACAAACCUGAUCCCUUUGGAGCAUCAAAAGAUGACCCAUUCAAUGCCCCCAAAGAUACAGAGGAUCCAUUUGCUGCCCCAAAAGAUAAACCAGACCCCUUCAGUUCCUCAAACAAUGAUCCAUUUAAUGCUCCCAAGGACGAUCCCUUCAACGCUCCCAAGGACGAUCCAUUCACUGCACCUAAGGACGAUCCGUUUAAUGCUCCAAAAGAUGAUCCAUUCACUGCCCCUAAGGACGAUCCAUUCACUGCCCCUAAGGACGAUCCGUUCAACGCACCCAAGGACGAUCCAUUUACUGCUCCAAAAGAUGAUCCAUUCAAUGCUCCCAAGGACGAUCCAUUUAACGCCCCUAAGGAUGUUCCAUUCAAAGCUCCAAAAGACGAUCCAUUCAGUGUUCCCAAAGAUGAUCCGUUCAAUGCUCCAAAGGCUGAUCCAUUCAACAGUCCUAAGGAUGAUCCAUUCAACAGUCCUAAGGACGAUCCAUUCGAGGCUCCAAAAGAUGAUACUUUCAGCGCCCCAAAAAAUGACCCCUUUAUCACCUCAUCAGACGAUCCUUUUAGUGCUCCAAAAGAUUACCCUUUCACUGUCACUGUGGCUGCAUCUACACCCCCUAAAGAAGAACCCUUUGCUGAACCCACAUCUGCAGAGGAUCCCUUCACUGCUCCUGCUACGUCCCCUAAAGAUCCUUUCUCAGCACCAACCAAAUCUGCUCAAAAUGACCCCUUUGCUUCACCAACAACGCCACCUAAAGAGGAUACUUUCUCUUCCACGGCAAUACCUACAAAAGACGACCCUUUUGCAGCACCGUCUACACCCCCUAAAGAGGACCCAUUCACAGUGCCAUCCAGUCCACCAAAAGAUGAGGCCUCAGAUCCCUUCAGUGCCCCUCCAGUGGAAUCGCCCAAAGACAGUGCAGAUACAUGGGGAAGCCUGACCAGUUCCCCACCAGCUGCAGGCUCUGAUGCUUGGGGAGAAAGCUCUGCUCCAAAGGAAGCAACCUGGGGGAAUGGGGCAAGUGCCUCCUCACCUCUUGACAAUUCUGAUCCAUUUGGGGAUACAUCCAAACCAGACGACGACCCCUGGGGAGCUCCAGCUUCAGCUGCGGGUAAUGCGGACGAUGCAUGGGGUGCCCCAGCUCCCCCCGCAGACUCCUCCCCCUCUGGAGACCCGUUUGGAGAUUCUGCGUCUAAAAAAAACGAUCCCUGGGGGGCACCGAGCAGCGCGAGUGGCGGCGGGACGGGAAAGCGAACAGUGCAGGACAACGCAAUGUACAGAAAGACUGCCUCCUUCUUGGGCGCCGCCGGGGCGUGUCUGGUUGACUUGGACGAUCUGCUUUCCUCUAAUCCCAAACCCGGACAGCAACCCCCCACCAACGCAGCACAAACACAAGCCAUGGGUAAGGACCCAAACCAGAGCCUCGCUCGGGACGACCGACAGCGUUUUUCACUUUGUACGGAGUUGUUCACGCCUCACCUGACUGCAAAGGAGACGCGAUCGAUCUGA